AAUUCGAUGAAUAUCGUAUUUUGGCAUUGAUUCGUGUGAAAUUUUGUUCUUUCUCUUUGAAUGUGGGCAAAAAAACAUACAAAAUUUUAGUUAUUCUUUUUAGAAGGCAAAAAAAAAUCUCAACCAUAAAGCAAAAACCCAAAAACAGACUCAUCAUUUCGAAAUUCACCAUUCGAAAUUGUUCGUUUGACAGUAUUUCGGUGUUAGAAAUCAACGCAACCAUUGACGCUGGAUUGUAAACAUUCGAAACACACUUAUUAGUGAGUGACUCAUACAUACACAACGCAUAUGAACGAAUAACGAAGAACAAAGUAAACACCACAAAGGCAAAGCAAAAAAAUAAUAAUAAUAAUACGCGAAGCGACGUUUCGAAUGACAGUAGGCACUGAAUCCAAAAUUGAAUGGUCCAGUGUAGCAAUUGCUUGGUACGCAGAACAACAACAAAAGCGUUUCGAGUGGCACAUUAUAACACACAAAAAUAAAUCGAAUCGUAAAUAAACAAAUCAACAAAUUAUAAACAUUGCAACAGCCGAAUUAUUACGGUGUAUAAUUUAAAUGUCUAUCGAUAUCGCGCAUAAACAUAGCUCGUGCAAAUAUACUCAUAAAAUAGAAUAGAAUUUAAAGAAUUGUUUUUUUUUUCUGGACGUAAUUUAUAAAAAACGAAGAGCCCGAAUCAGAGCAAGAGCGAUAUCAAUGGAACGAAGUAAUUAGCAAGGGAAAACAAACACAGUGAAAAAUAGAAUAGCAAAAAGGCAAAAAAUGCGAAACAUAAAAGACAAGAAAAUGAAAGCGAAAAUGAUAACAGAACUGGUUGGUUAUCAUCCGAUUGCAUUUAUUCUAUAAAUAUUUCGUCAAUGACCUUCGUUUCGUCGACCAAACGUACAACCUAGAUGCAAUCGAUCUUUUCCUGACCAAAAGAAACAACGAUUUAUUGGAAACGCGAUUUCCAAAGUUUAAACGUGGCAAUUGACGGUUCCUUACACGAAAAUUAUCGAAAUUGAUCCACAAAUGUUGACAUAUUGCGAAACUAAUUAAACAAAAAAAAACAUAUGUGUAUUCACGCGAACGGCGCAAACCAAAAAUACGAUAUCGGUCUUUCUCAAACAUAUCUUGAUAAAAACACACAGUGACACAAACUUACUGCUUACUCAAACUCACAUGCAUUGUUGUGCCUAUUUUGCAUAUACAUUAUAUACUCGAAUCAAUUUUGAUCUAAAUCUUUGGUGUUGUUUUCUCAUACAUUCGUUCUUCGAUUGAACGUGCACUAGGCAUCGUAUUCAAACUAAAAUGUACCCGCUGUUGUUGCCGUUCGUAAUUUAAUCAGACAUCAAAUGAAUUAAAUUUCAACAUUUGGAAUGGUGCACACCAAAUUGGAAUGUUUUGUACGUUGUUGAUUCUAUUUCGUUUGAGAGCUUGUGGUUUGAAGAGAUUUUCUCGGUUCAUAUAAAGAGAGAGAGAAAAAAUGUGUAAAAAUAAUUGUGUAAGUGUUUGUUCCUCGUGGCAACAAUGGAUUAAGGCCAUCCUCAUACUGCUGUACACAUUAUUUGUGCUGAUUGUGGUGCCAUGGCUCAUUGUGUACACAGUAAAAGAUGGUUUUACAAGGAAGGACCAAUUGAUUCUAGUCGGUGGAUUAUUCGUGUUAACCAGCGUUCCACUUUGCAUAUGGCACAUAUUGCAACAUAUGCUUCACUUCACUAAGCCAAUUCUUCAGAAGCCAAUCAUUCGGAUCCUAUGGAUGGUACCGAUUUACUCCGGCAAUGCGUUUCUGGGAUUGAUUUUCCCUGCACAAUCGUUCUACAUGAACAGUGUGCGUGAAUGCUACGAAGGCUAUGUCAUUUACAAUUUCAUGUCGUAUAUUUUGAAUUUUCUGAAUUUGGAAAUGGACUUGGAAGCAUCGUUGGAAUAUAAACCGCCCGUAAAACACGUUUUUCCACUAUGCUGCAUGGAACCAUGGAAAAUGGGACGAGAAUUUGUACACAAUUGCAAGCACGGUGUGCUACAGUACGUCGUGAUUCGACCCAUUCUAACCAUCAUCUCUUUAGUAGCGGAGUUGAACGGCUUCUAUGGAGAUGGCGACUUUUCAACAAAUAACGUUUACCCCUAUAUCGUUGUCAUCAAUAAUAUCUCACAAUUCACAGCCAUGUAUUGCUUAGUAUUAUUUUAUAGGGCGAAUAAGGAUGAACUGAAACCGAUGAAACCGUUACCAAAAUUCAUGUGUAUUAAAGCCGUGGUUUUCUUCACAUUCGUUCAGAGCGUUAUUAUCGACUUCUUGGUGUACUUUGGCUACAUAAAAGAUAUUUUCGGUGACGAAGGGACUGCCGACGAUGAUGGCUUAUCUGUGAAAUUACAAGACUUUCUUAUCUGCAUAGAAAUGUUUAUAGCUGCGAUUGCUCAUAAGUACUCAUUCCCACAUCAGCCUUAUCACAUAAAUAUCCCAAAUUAUGGAAAUGAUCGAACGUGGUUCAACUAUGUUCAAGAUAUGUGGGAUAUGACAGAUGUGCAACAGGAUUUAUCGGAGCACAUUGGUGUGGUGGGCAGUUCAUUAAGUCGACGAUUCCGUGGUCGCAGCUCAUAUCACAUGACACGCGGUACCUCUGAAACGGAACGUCUAAUGAACAAUCCAAACUUGGGAUCUUCAACAUCGUAUCAGCAACACGGUGGCUACAACAUAAACAGUGCAUCAGACAGUGAAGGCUCAAAUAAUACCAAUCAUUAUGGCGCCAUGAGUUCGAGUGAUGAUCGUAUUGCGAUUGGAUCCAACGAUGAUCUGGCACAAGUUCACUCAAAAUACCGUAACGAAGGGAUUAGCAUAAGAAAUCAAAAAUCCAAAGAAUAUUCACCACAAUACGGAGUACCAAAAGUGUUGGGCAAUUAUUUUGUGCAUCAGCCGCGUGUCAUACAAAAUGCAACACAAUCAUCGGCUUCCUCAUCGCGAUACGAUCAAUCGACACGCAGUGACAAUACAACGUCACAGUCACGCAGUGAAGUGUCCGGUUUCGAUAUAUCCGCCUACGAUAAGGCAGCCAAUGUGAAUAAGACAGGGACUAUGAAAAAAUCCGAUAGCACAGCCAGCGAUUGGCUUAGCACACCGACCGAUGAUUUUCUUGGCAUCGAUGUCAAAGGCAUCGAAAAAGAGGAACGAUCACAUUUUCGCCGAGAUCCAAAGAUUUAAAUUUUUGUCGAUUUUUUUUUUAUUCGAUAUAUCGUGAUCAUUCGCAUGACACAUUUGUAAACUGACAAUCUUAACUGCUAAAUUACAAUAUAUAUUUAUUAUUUGAACGGAUCAGUUUGAUUUCUUGUUUCUUUAUUCUUCAUUUGCCGAAGCGUGAGCAAAUCCGAAACGCGAUUAUGAUUUUGUUAGGGUUUUUUCUUUAAAAUCGUACAAUUAAGGCAUUGUGAUUUGUUCUUUUUCCAAGAAAUUCCUAACUAGUUUAGCUUAGACUGUAUUAUCCAUUAAGUAUAUACUUUACACAACACAUUUGAAUAUUUAUCAGUGGCCAAAUGGUUUUUUUUUCGAUUUUGGCUGCGGAUUUUUGUCUAGAAAAAGCCAAAUUCAUUUGAUGUCUAUUUUAAGCGGCUUUGCUUUGUAUCGUUAGGUUAAACUUAAGUAUAUAACUCAUAUGAUACUUUUUUUCAUCGAGAAUAAUAUUUUUUUCUAAAAAAAUCUCGAAUAAAAAAUCGAUUGUACUUUAAAAGUUCGAA